CCGCGGCGGCCAAUGGGCGGAGGCCGCUCGCGGGACUGCGUCUCCCAGCAGCCCGCGCGGCAGGCGGGAGCCGGGGGCCUGUGGGGCGGUGUCGCAGGAGGCGAGGCGGCGCGGUCGCGGCAGCGGUGGAGGCCGCGGGUUCAGCCGGAGCCGAAAUUGGGGGAGAGUUUAACCAUUUGCGACAAAGACCAGGUGUUUAAGAGCUAAGAACCACGGUUAAUUGGAGACUUACACAAGAAUUGUUUCCUGAUUUCAUAAUUGAAGAAGCUGAAACAGUGACAGGUUACUGUUGAGGGGUGGAAGGUGUGAGUGCGUGUUCCAGCAACAAGGUAGGUUUAUUACAAAAUUAAGACCUAAUGUCUCUUGUGGGGGAGGGAAAGGGAGUGCCUCUCUUUGAGACUUGGACUAUACCGUAUAGCAGCAGGGCUUUAUAGUUUUAGCAUUGCUGCCUCAGUUUAAGCGCUGACUCUGUAAAUUGAGUUUGUUUUGCUCACCAGCAUGGUUGCUGUGCAAGCAAGGCAAUAUGUAAUACCUUUGAACCUGUAUUCUCUUAAUCAGUAUAAAAAGGAAAUUCUGCAACUCCUCUAGUUACUGGAUUGGGAGUGUACUCUGCUGAUUUUGUACUUCCUGGUCUUAUUUGCUACUGCUUUACAAGGUAUGAACCCAUUCUGCAGAAUGACCUUAAAUGUCCCAGAAAGAACAGAUACCUAAAGUCUUUUUUCAUAAAUGUUUUUAAUGCUUGUUUGAGUACUUACAACCCGUCAAUAUUUGCUAGGUUAAAGUCCAUGUUUUCCCUUCCGUGGGCCUUAUUUGGGCAUUGUGUCAUAAACUUGAGUCAGAGUAGCAUCUAGUAUUUUUUUCCCCUUAUAGAACAUGUCAGUUAUUGUGUUAAUGCUUCAUAUCUUCAAAUUUACUUGAAGUGGCUGCUCUUUGAAAAGCCAAAUACAAAAACCAGUAAAUUAGGUGCAAAGGAUAUUUGGAAUAAUUAGUCUAAAAACAUUGGCAACUAAUGGGAGUGCAUAGCAGUGAUAACUUCUUGACAGUGGAAAAUUCACUGGGUUACUGGAAACUGUCCAAAAAUGAGGUCAAAUUGAACCACAUGGAGAAUAAGAGCUGGGGAAAGUAUUUUUUGUUAAUGCCAAACAUCUUUAAAAUGGUAUUAAACCACAGCAGGGCUUAAUUAGUUUUGAAGUGUUUACUCCCACCAACAACUUGCCUUUCUCUUAGACUGAGAAUCAUGGAGAAAAACUAGUUGCUGGCUGUUCAAUUGUAUUAACCUGCUCUGCCAUGAGCUAUGAAUUUUGUGAAAGAGCAAUGUUCAUGCCUUUAAAAUGGAUACCUCUUAGCAAGGAAGGGCAUCAAGAUAGUUCAACCACAAACUUAAAAAAGGUAGGGGGAGAGAGAAUAGCUACAAUGAGUGGGGAUGUCUGAACCACAAAGCUUUUAAAGGAUUUCAGUGUAAAGAAGGAUUUACUUUUUGCACUGAAAAAAUCUUCAGCUGUUUGAGUUCAGUCCCAAAGUUCAACACUUGUAAAAUAUUAACCUCCCUUACAGCGUGUACAUAUUGCACCACCAGAUCUCUGCCAUCUGUGCCAACAAGUCCUGAUUAGUAGCUCAACUGAAGCUCCCCCUUCUGUUUUUUUUUAGUUUGAAUGCCAUGGUUGCCUGCAAACAAAGGUCCUUAUUUGUGAGCUGAGUCACCAAAGGAAAUAAAAUCCCUGAUUAAAUUACGAAAUGUGAAACAGAGCCUCACAUCCAGUUUGACUUGUCCCAACAUCUUCAUUGCUCAGAAAGGUUAAUUCUGUCAGCUGCACACAGUAAAAGCAGGUGGUUUUCAAUACAGUGCAGCUUGUGUAUCAAAGGAUAAUUUUUUGACUUGUCAUGAUAAAAUUUUGAUAAGGGAGGGUAUUGUUCUCUCUGUUUCUUACACAUGUGGAGGGACACAGGCAAGUUACAAACUGGGAGUCAGGACCCCGUGUUCUGUUUUUGGAUCUGACAUUCACCGUCUGUUAUAGCCUUAGGCAAUUUCCAUGACUUCUCUCUGCCUCCCUCUUUAAUCUGUAAAAUGGGAAUAUUGACCCUUGUCCUCCAUUGUAAAGCACUUUGAAAUAUAUAGGCGUACUUAGUAUUAUUUUCAUCAUCAUCAUUAUUAAAAUAGUGUGUUUAACAUUUUCCAAAUUAGCUAUUUUUUAGCAGAUGGCUACCCUAAUUUUUGUUCUAGUUUUUAAUAAAGUACAGAAAUAGCUAUCUGUGGUCUGCAGAAAGCUUGCCCACAGCUUUUCCUACGCAGUAACCUUGAGACCUCAUGUUCAGUCGCAGUAGGAUUGACUCUGGCCUUCAUCCUUCCGUGAUAGGUUAACUGAGUUUCAUUCACUUAACUAUGCGGUGGAGGGCAACUCUGGGACAAGGCCUUAGAAAACAAGUUUUGCUGCUUCUUCUUCUUCAUGGGUGUUCAAGACCCUACGGCAUUUUUGUGAGAACAAGGUUUUGUUUCAUAGCUCUUGGCCAAAAUUUGUCCCUGUUUCACUCUUGUGUACCCUGCAGAGCUCUGCUUGUCUCCCUGCCAUCUCUGAGGUGGCAGCAUUUUAGUGGCGCUGUACUAAAUGUGUGUAGUUCAGGAUCCUUUGCAUUGUCAAUGAAAAUAGUAUUAGACCUGCACACAGCACUGUGACCAGCUUAUGUUUGCCUGCUCUCCAAAUACAUUUCUUGUGCAAGCAAGAGCCCCCAGUGUGUGCUUAUGGUUAAUGUGUGAAAUGAAGUUUAGCUUGAUACGUGGAACUUUGCUGUUAGGAUGGAGACACAAGCAAGUGCGAUAGUGUUUUACUACUUAUCUGAGAAGCCAAAUUCUGAGAGUCCGCUCCAGUUCUGAGCACCAAGUGAAAUUUCCAUAGUUCCAGAAAACUCUAACGUAAUUUUCCAUAUAAAGCCUUAGCAGGAGAGAGCUUUGAAAAGAAAGUUUGUUCCAACAGCAGAUUGUUGCCAUCUGAAUUUCACAGUACCGAGAAUUUCUGGAUGCAGCUCACGAUUUCAAAAAAGAUGACCUUGCGUUGCCUUUAGUUUAGCAGUACUCACAGCGCCCAGUGAAAAGCAGGCUUUAGCUGAUGGCUUUUUCAUAUCUUCUGCAGAAUAGCAAGGACUACUACACAGAACAAAAAGGUAAAAUAACCUUGCCUAAAUACAAGCUAAUUUAAAUGCAUUUUACCCACAUUUUGUGUGUAUACAUACACUAAUGCUUUGAUAUGGUAGCUGUACACAUUUUGCUUUCAAUUAUUUGCAGAAGUGUCUUAAUAUGGAAAUAGAUGAAUCAGAUGCAGUAAUUGAACUCAACAACUAAGCUGCAUGUUAGUCCCUGGAAAGCCAGUGACUAAGUAAGGCUGGAUUGAUUAUCCUGAACUCAGUGAUGCAAAGACAUAUCUGAAAUAUUUCCUUCUAAGUGCUGCUGCUUGCAAGCAUUUACACGGAACCCAAAAGGAAUGACUUUUGGAGAUACUGCUACUCCACUCUCACUUGGCCCCUGGAUAUCGGACUCACUAAACCAUCAUUUGGAAAGAUUAUUUCAACACUUAACAGCUUUAACACAAGGUUGCAGACUGGUUUCCAGACAGAACCAACAGCUUUGGUUGAAAAUUGGCUGUCAAACCGGCUCCCUCUGUAUGAAAACAGUUCCAAGUGCACACACAAGUCAUGCUCCGGCCUUGCUCUCUGCAACAGCUCAGGCAGGAUCACCAAAACUUUUUUUCUGCUGCCGGAUGAGACCUACUUUGCAAUGGAGGAAAAUGGUCCUGGCCCUUUAAAUGUGGAAGGGGGCGGAGGUUGAAGUGUCAGUCAGGACUGAAAGCAGGAAGGAAAUGUGACCUCUCGCAGGCUUAUUACUAAAGAGGAGCCUCCAUAGCUCUCUUUGCAAUGUGCAACAGGCUUCUGCUGCACUCUCCACUCGCAGGGCCAGGCACGUUUUCAUUUUCUGCCCACUUCCUGAGCUGCUCUCCUCAAUCAGCCAUGUGAGGCAUUGUGCAUAUGUUUCCUUUAGGUGGAUUCCCCCCAUCCAAUCAAGAAGUCCGAACAAUAAGGUGUGACUGAAAGGAGCUUUCAAAGAUGUCGAAAACUAACAAAUCAAAAUCUGGAUCCCGCUCGUCUCGUUCAAGAUCUGGAUCGAGAUCACGCUCCCGAUCCUUCUCCAAAUCCCGUUCACGCUCCCGUUCUGUCUCGCGAUCAAGAAAACGCAGGCUCAGUUCUAGGUCCCGUUCAAGAUCAUAUUCUCCAUCUCACAACAGAGAAAGGAACCACCCAAGAGUGUAUCAGAGUCGGGAUUUCAGAGGUCAUAACAGAGGGUAUAGGAGACCAUAUUAUUUCCGUGGACGGAACCGAGGAUUUUAUCCAUGGGGCCAAUAUAACCGAGGAGGCUAUGGAAAUUACAGGUCAAAUUGGCAAAAUUAUCGCCAAGCCUACAGCCCUCGUAGGGGGCGUUCCCGCUCCCGAUCGCCGAAGAGAAGGUCUCCAUCACCAAGAUCAAGAAGCCAUUCUAGAAACUCUGAUAAGUCAUCUUCUGAUAGGUCAAGGAGGUCUUCAUCUUCCCGGUCUUCCUCGAACCACAGCCGAGUUGAGUCUUCCAAGCGUAGGUCCAUAAAGGAAAAAAAAUCCUCUUCCAAGGACACCCGGGCAUCACAGGCAGCAGGAGAUAAUCAAGGUGAUGAUUCGAAGGAUCCGCUGUUUUCGGGAGGAGCUGCUCAAGAUGUCAAGGUGUCUGAGGGGUCAAAGCCAUGGCAAGACAUGAGCACUUACAGCACAAGUUCAGUGUCAAGAGCAUCUGCCGUGCCUGAGCUUAGCCCAAGAGAGCGCAGUCCUGCGCUAAAAAGCCCUCUCCAGUCUGUUGUGGUGAGGCGCCGUUCUCCUCGGCCAAGUCCAUUGCAGAAGCCCAGUCCUCCACUGUCAAACCCCUCACAGCUGGGGUCUGUUUUACAAAGCAGUGCCUCAUUUCAGACAGGCUCACAUCAGGGUCCGUUUGACCAUGGUUCAUCAGGAUUGAGCCCAACAAGGAAGAGUCCUGUGUGUAAAAGUCCCACGACAAUCGGUUCAAUUUAUGGUGCCUCGCAGAAGGAGGAAGCAGCAACUCCUGGUGGGGCAGCCUUCUCAAAGAGGUAUUUGGAAGAACAGAAGACUGAGAAUGGGAAAGACAAGGAACAGAAACUAACAAAUGUUGAAAAGGAAAAAAUGAAAGAGAAGGGAGGCUUCUCUGAAUUGGGUUUAGGAGAUGGAAAGAUGAAAUCAGACCUGUACACCUCCAAAACUGACCCUGAAAAGCCUUAUCGCAGUAGCCAGUCUCCUAAACGCUAUAAGUUUCGAGAUGACUUUGAGAAGCUGAAGAUGGCAGAGUUCCACAAGGAAGGUCAUUAUGGCAAAGACGAGAUGGAUGAACAGGAUAAGAAAGACAAGGCAAAGGGCCGAAAGGAUUCGGAGUUUGAUGAUGAGCCCAAAUUCAUGUCUAAAGUGGUAGCAACCUCCAGCAAAAUUCAGGAUGAGGAUAGGCCAGGUAAAUGGGAAGGCAUAGUGUUCUUACCAUCUGCAAAGGAGAAGCAAAGGAAAGCUGAGGAAAUGGAGGAGGAUCCCUAUUCUGAAAGAUCUAAAAAGGAAGACAAGCUAGCAUCCAAGAGAGCAGAAGCUGGUCACAGGGGGUUUGUUCCUGAAAAGAAUUUUAGAGUAACUGCUUACAAAGCAAGUCAGGAAAAAAGUACAUCACCACCUCUGAGAAAGGCCUCCGAGAGUCGGGAGAAGCCAGGAACCAGAGGAGAUGGUUUAGCCACUGGCAAAUCCUCCUUUUCCAUUACCCGGGAGGCCCAGGUCAAUGUCCGAAUGGAUUCCUUUGAUGAAGAUCUUGCACGUCCAAGUGGUUUAUUGGCGCAGGAGCGGAAGCUAUGUCGUGACUUAGUACACAGCAACAAAAAAGAGCAGGAGUUCCGCUCCAUUUUCCACCAUAUACAGUCAGCUCAGUCUCAGCGAAGUCCUUCCGAAUUGUUUGCUCAGCACAUAGUGACUAUAGUCCAUCAUGUAAAAGAGCAUCACUUUGGGUCUUCAGGAAUGACACUGAAUGAACGCUUUACAAAAUACCUAAAGAGAGGAAUGGAGCAAGAUCAAGCUAAAAACAAGAAGAGCCCUGAAAUCCACAGGAGGAUAGAUAUUUCUCCCAGUACUUUCAGAAAACAUGGAUUCACUCAAGAGGAAAUGAAGAGCUCCAGAGAGCCUGGCAACAAGACUGAAGGGAAAUAUAAAGACGACCCAGUUGACCUGCGCCUUGAUAUCGAACGUCGUAAAAAACAUAAAGAAAGAGAUCUUAAACGAGAGAAGUCGAGAGAAUCCGUGGACUCAAGAGAUUCAAGCCAUUCAAGGGAAAGAUCAACUGAGAAACCAGAGAGAAGUCACAAAGGGUCAAAAAAGAAGAAACACAGGAGAGUGCGUGAGCGAUCCAGGUCCACUUCUUCAUCUUCACAGUCUUCUCGUUCGUACAAAGGGGAGGACUACCCAGAGGAGAGCGAGGAGAGGGAGGAGAGUACCACAGGGUUUGACAAGUCCCGGCUUGGGACAAAAGAGUUUGCUGGCCCAAAUGAGAGAGGAAGAGCUAGAGGGACCUUCUUCAGAGCAAGAGGCAGAGGGUGGAGCAGAGGUACCUUUUCGGGAAACAAUAACAACAACAACAGCAGCGGCAAUGACUUCCAGAAGCGAAACAGGGAUGAGGAGUGGGACCCAGAAUACACACCCAAGAGCAAGAAGUAUUAUCUGCACGAUGACCGGGAGGGUGAAGGUGGUGAGAAGUGGGUGAACAGAGGCAGAGGCCGGGGUGCCUUCCCCCGAGGGAGAGGUCGUUUCAUGUUCAGAAAAUCGAGCACUAGCCCCAAGUGGGCCCACGACAAAUUUAGUGGAGAGGAGGGAGAAAUCGAGGAUGAUGAAAGUGGAACGGAGAAUCGAGAGGAAAAGGACAACCUACAGUCAGCUGCUGACUAGCCAGGGAGUCUGCAUGUCCCUGAACACCCUGGCAAGGAGGAAGAGGAUCCGGCAAGGCAGUGUUGGAGUCUCUGCCAGGGUAAUGCUGAUGUGCUGAACAGAGCUCUGCCAAAGAGCUUUGAAAUUAUCUUAAGUUAACUGCAUUUUUAAAUUCAGCCUCCAUACAUGUGGACUGGGACUGAUCACUUACAUUCGGAUCCACUCUUGGAGUAUAUCUUUCUUCCCAAAGACUUUACCUGCUGGACUGAAUACGGUCCAAUAUCAAGUGUGAUCCUAAAUUUUGUCUCUUGUUUGUGACCUUAUUAGAUGGUCAGAUAUUUUUUGGCAACAGUCUUUGAAGACGAUGUGGAUUUCAGUUUGUGCCCAGCUUAACCCAGUAUCUUGACAUUUUUUGUUUCUCUUAUAAUUUGAGAUGAUAAAGGUGGGGAUUAAUUCACCUGCUUAUUUUUCUUCUCCCCUCUUGUGUAUUUUGUUUUUUAAAUUCAUAUUCUACUUAUUUUAGGCCUUUGCGUAUGUAGUAACACCAAUUAAAGAUGGCUAAUUUUGGAAACUAUUUUUGGUUCUCAUAAGAAAACAAUGAAGCACGUGAAUAAACAUCUAAAUGUUAACUUGGAGUUGGGACCAAACUGCUAUGAUUAUUUUUAAAAACUAAUUUUUGUAUGUAUCAGUUGAGUUUAGAGCCUUUUUAAAACCACCUUAUUUUUUUCUUUUAUGCUGAAAGUUAAAGUUAGCAUGGCAAAAAUGCACCCUGCUCUUCACCCAUUUUAGUGUGUGUGCCGGUAGACCUGGUUCUUGUGUGCUGGAAUCCCAAGCUGCUUGUAGGCAUUGUGUGUAUCCUCUUUGCAGCUGGUUGUGAACUUGAAUGUUCUUUCCAGGGUAACAUAGUUUUCUAAAAACUUCUGAAUUCUACUAGGUUAAAAUAUAUAAAAGGAGAAGAAUUUUUUCAAUAUUUUUAUUAAUCUUUUUCUAAAACAAAAAAGCAAGUUCCUCCUGUGCUGGCUAAGGAAAGUUGUGGUUUCAUUUACCUUCAGCUUUACAUUUACAAUGUUCUGAAGAGGUUUAGCAAAUAGCUCAGUGGUUGGUGAGUCUGUAGGGAGGAGAGGCAUAUUCAUGCACAGGUAUAGUGUGUGCACAUGUUGUAAAAAGACGUCAGCCUCUUCCCCCCUCCAUCUCUGCCUUCCCCAGGAUUGCUGUGCCUCCCCCUAUCACCUGCUAACUAUAGUUUGUUUGACUUGAACAGUUCCUGUUUAGUAAACCCCUAAAGUUUGUUUCAACUCCUCAUACAAAUAAAAAUACAAUAAAAUAA